AUGGACGACACGAAUACCAAGGUGCCAAACAGCCCUCAGGCGAGUGAGGAAUUCGAGGAGAAAGGCAACCAAGCAAAUACCUCUGCCACGGAGGAUCAAGAUGAACGCUUCAAUGUAGAUGAGGCUAUGGAUAAGACAAUCAAUUGGAAGUGCGACUUCAAGCUACUCCCACCACUCAUUUGCCUGUUCAUGAUCACUUUCAUUGAUCGUACCAACAUCGCCAACGCGAAGAUCGAGGGUAUGACAGUUGAUUUAAGAAUGAAGGGCAAUGAUUACAACACCUCUCUUUGGAUCUUGAACAUCCCUUACAUCUGUCUCGCUGUCCCCAGCAAUAUGCUCAUGAAGAAGGGCUUUGUCAAGCCAUCAGUGUAUUUGUCUGGUAUUAUGUUCUGCUGGGCACUAUGCACGAUUGGAUUGGGCUGUACAAAGACUUUCAAAGGUAUUCUUGCAUGCCGAUUCUUGAUGGGAGUUUUCGAAUCUGGCUUUGCCCCUGGUUGCGCGUAUCUUAUCAGUCGUUACUACAAACGCCGAGACUUCUCUAUCAGAUAUGCAGUGUUCUUUAGUGCUGCUGUCCUAGCUGGGGCGUUCGGUGGCUUCCUGGCUUAUGCAAUUGAGCUUAUGGAUAAAGUUGGCGGCUAUGCUGGCUGGAGAUGGAUCUUCAUUAUCGAAGGUUGCAUCACCAUCCUAGGCGUAGGUAUCGCUCUCCUUUGUAUCCCAAGCUAUCCCGAGGACUCCACCUUCUUGAAACCAGAGGAGAAGCAAUACCUCUUAGCAAUGCUUAAGAAAGACGCCGGAAAAUCCCGUCCAAACCACUACAGCUCCCUCGUAAUCAAAGAAUGUCUCCUGGAUCCCAAGAUCUUGCUUGGAACACUCGCCUACUUCGGUGCCGACAAUGCCGCCUCCUCUAUCGUCUCCUUCCAACCCACCAUUCUCAAGUCCCUCGGCUACUCCAAUGCGCAAGCCCAAGUCCACACCAUCCCCGUGUACAUAGUAGCCUUCUGCGUUCUCUUGAUCUGCGCCUACCUCUCCGGAAGGCUAGGUCGCAGAUACAUCUUCCUAAUCUUCGGCGCUGCCAUCGGCAUCGUCGGCUGGUCCAUCGAACUCGCACAAGUAAAAGCCGUCUCAGCCCGCUACUUCGGCAUGUUCGCCAUCACCGCUUCCGCAUACAUCCAGAUGCCCAUCCUAGUCGUCUGGCUCUCCAACAACAUGGGCGGUAAUGCCAAAGCUGCGUUCGCUACUGGCUUCAUGAUUGGCUUUGGGAAUUGUGGGAAUCUGGUUUCGAGUAAUGUGUUUAUCACGGACGAAACACCGCGGUUCAAGACCGGGUUUGGCACCGGUCUGGGGUUGAAUAUUUUGGGGGUGGUGGCGAGUACUACUUUGGAGUUGUAUUGCUGGAUGGCGAAUCGGAGAAGGGAUGCUGGGAAGGAUAAUGCGAAGUUGGAUAAUAGUUCGGAGGUUUUGCGGGAUUUGGGAGAUCUUCACCCGGAUUUUAGAUACAUACUAUGA